AUGCAUAUAAAGGUUCACUCCCCCUUUUAUAUUCUCUGCACAGGUAAAAGCUUGAUGGAAGGAAACUGUGUGAGAAGAGAUCACAAGCAUGGAGAGGAAAACCUGAGCCUUGAGGAGCAUUCAUGGGCAAGCUCAUGGCCGGCAAGAAAUUACGCGUGUAGCUUCUGCAAGAGAGAGUUCAGGUCAGCUCAAGCUUUAGGUGGCCAUAUGAACGUGCACAGGAGAGAUAGGGCUAGACUGAGAUCAGGCAUAAUACCACCCUUAUGGCUUAACUCUGAAUCUCUUAAACCUGGCCCUAUAACCUCAAGGCCACCUUCUAACCCAACUUCCUUACCUGCUUAUGACCUUUUGGAUAACGGUUACUCACACCAUGCCCCUUCUCUCACUUUGUCUUCUUCGUCCUCCUUUGCUUCUGCGAGUGAUGAUAAGAAGCCACCAAUGCUCGUCACGUCUCCUUCCAAGCUCCCUCUUCUCGGCUCUCAAAGCAGAGAAAUGAUCGUGAAUGGUGACAGCACGAAGAGUGGAUUUAGAUCAAUUAACGACAAAGUGAAGGGCUGUGCAAAGGAGAAAGGGCUUAAAGGUUUCGACAGCAUUGAGGAGGAUGGCAAUACUAAUAUCACGUUGGAGCUGGGUUUAGGGUUGCUUCAACACCCAAGUGAGCAAAUAGAUUUGGAGCUUCGACUCGGCCAUUUCUAG